AUGGGAGUGGGUGACUAUGUCCACUCUAAGGAGGCCGGGCAACCUCGUGCGCACACCGAUAUGGGUCCAUCACAACGCCAACUACGGGCUGCUCAAAGCAAAGUUGAAGUUCCUGUUACUCGCCUGGGUGAUCUACAGUCGAGUGGUCGAGUUGUCUCUCUGGCUUUCCAAGAGCAGAGGAACAUCCCGGAUCAGCAAGCUCGCCCCCCUACCGAAAGUGGAGGACAGCGAGAUAUGUUUGAUACUGACGUUGAAGGGGUGGAUGAUUCAACUAUUGCAGCGACGAGUGUUCACGCAUUUGACGAUGGCCGUUCCCAGGAGCCAUCGGCCAUCAAACACUAUGUUGACUUUGUACCACCGCCAUCUUACUUACCUCGACCUAGUAAUCGUGGCCGAUCAACUUGGUUUGAGGGUUAUAGCGACAACGCCAUGAAAAAAGCUGGCUUUGACACAGACCUCGAAGAUUCUUCCAGCCAGGCUACCUCGUCUGUUGGGGCAGCAGAUGAUGAAAAGAUUGAGGACCAAGCUGUCGAACAGGGCAGCUGGUUCAUGGCUCAUAGGAAUCGCUCGGCCGAAGAGCCGUUGAGCAAACGCCUAGAGAAUUUUUGGUCCGCGCGAAAAAGACAAUCAAAGCCUGUAGAUCAACUGCAGACGAUGUCACAGCCUCAAUCCCCAGUGGAGAUUGUUGUUCCUGAAUUGCAGAGCCAGCCGCGGAAACUAGGCCAUAUGCUGCCUCCUACCGCAGCUAGGAAGAUCACACUUCCCCCUAGCAUGACAUCAACUCCAAGGACACGCUUCAGUCCUCCCAAACCUUCUCUUCUUGAUCAAUUGGACUUGUCUCCUCCUAGAUAUGGCUCCGCGCCACCAUCUCAAACCGGCCGAACUAUAAGCAUCACAGCUUUCCACGAUCACAGUGAUGACGAGGAUGAUACAGGUAAUGAUGAGACGAUACGUCUCAGCAGUCGACGGGCAAGUGGAAAGUCAUUCAACACUUAUGAUAUCACCAACGUGACUGACAAUCACGGCGAGGUCGAGACUCAAGGUCCAUUUCUUUCUCACUCUAUCUCAACCUCUACCUCUAACAAACACUAUCGUCGCAACACAGUCAUCAAUACAAAGAAACGAAAUUUUGAAGCAGAUUACCCUCCCAACCAACUAUACCAAAAAUCAUUUGCUGAGCUACAAGCUGAGCCUUUCGAGAAGAUCCCCACACGGGCUCCCACUCCUGUCAAAUCACCCUCCUUGUCGCCCCAGCCCUCCCUAAAUAUAGCUGCUCUGUCUCCCAACGAUGCCGCAUCUCAUAUUAUGAGCAUCGGCGAGAAGGAUCGCCAAGCAUACCUUUCUCGCAUUUCGGUGGAUGAAUGGGAAGAUUGUGGAGAUCAACUCAUCGACCAAUUCAGCAAACUUCUCACAGAAAUGAAGAAGCUGCGCCGUGCCCGUCGCCAAACGGCUGCGGUAUUUGAAUCCGAGAUCCGACGUCGUCAUGAACUAGUAGAGGCACAGAACUCGGAUCUCUCCCAGAAGCUUGAUGAGAUGCGAACUGGUGGUGCAGAAGUCUUGCGCGGACGCAAGACUUAG